UUCAAUUGGUCGCAGAGCUGAGACUGGAGAUGGAAAGAUGGCCCUCGAUAAUUUAAUAUUCGCGCAAUGUAUCCUCUAUUUUUUUGCUUUUUUGUUCAGUUUCAUUGCCGUUGUGCCUCUCUCCGAAAAUACGGAAGAUUUUCGGGGGAAAUGUUUGCUUUUCACGCAUGGAAUGUGGCAGAAUGAAAAUAUCACAGUAUCGAAACAGCGCUUCAUCGUUGAGGAGUGGGGACGGGAGUCCUCAUGCAGUUUCAUCACUUUUGUCGGGAUAGCUUCCCUUGUCGUGUCUGCAGUGCAGGCGUGGAGACUGCUUUUCUUUCUUUGCAAAGGGCACGACGAUUCCAUCUUCAAUGCCUUCCUGAACCUGCUCAUCAGCUCUCUGAUGGUGUUCAUGGUCUUCCUGUCCAGCACCAUCACCAGCGUGGGGUUCAACCUGUGGUGUGACGCUGUCACAGACGGGGGCAGCAUGCCCAGCAGCUGUGAGGACCUUCAGGACACGGAUCUGGAGCUGGGGUUGGAUAACUCUGCCUUCUAUGACCAGUUUGCUAUUGCUCAGUUUGGGUUGUGGGCGUGCUGGCUGGCAUGGCUGGGCAUCGCGGUGAUGGCCUUCCUCAAGGUCUACCACAACUACAGACAGGAGGAUCUUCUGGACAGCCUGAUCCACGAGAAGGAACUGCUCCUGGGGCGAUCCUCGCGCCGAGGCUCCGACGGCAGGGACCGGAAGAAGGGCCUGAUAUAGAGCACUGAGAACACACACACACACACGUAUGCACACAGCCACACAUCCACACACGCACACACUCACAUGGACAUAUGCACACACGCACAAAUCCACACACACACACACACACACAUAUGGGCACCCACAGAAACACUAGUUACUGACUUCAGUAUAUUCGCUAGCCCUGCCUGCCACUGUAGAGUGACCAGACCCUGUCGAUUCAUACAAUCAAAUCAAUGGGUUCUGACUCACAAGUAAACUUUAUAGGAUUCCUUUCAUGCCUUUGGGUUACAUCUCACCGUACUUGACUGGCCUCCUUUUUAAAACGUCGCUGUGGACGGUGAACUUCUAAAAGGGUGAACAAGUCAGUGAUAUUCUGCGGCAGAUUCAAUACGCUUGUCCACUUGCUUCCUGUGUUAAUCUAAACGCAAGCUAAUUACUGCUGACGCGUCAUCUGCUUCUAGGCGCACGCUAAGACGUGCAUGAGCAGAGAGAAUAUACAGACAUUUAAUAAGGAGGAUGUAAGUGAUGCAUUAGGCCUUUCUUCCUCCACCGUGAGCGAGGCUCCCCAUUUAGCAGCAUGAUUCUGGUGACUCAUGCAGACAGGGAGGUUGGAAGGACAGUUUACAUGGCUCUUCAUGUCUUUGUGCUUUGGUUUAGCAUGGGCUGUGUGCAUGCAGUGAGUAGGGUUAGGGUUCGAUCUACUGGAGUAUUAUAUCAUGAAUAAUAUGUUUCUGGGACAAGCUUCCUGGUUGUGUACUCUCAACACAGAUACCCUGUGGGCUGGGUAGCGUUGCUUCAGUUAAGACGGCUUUAUUGCAUGCUGUGUAUGUGUGCUUUUGCAGAGUAAUAAAUCUGCACCAAACAAGUGUUUUUUGUAAGGUAUUACGUAGGCUUUGUAUGAUGCACAUGGUCAAUCAAUGAACUUUCUAUUUUCAAAGGACAGAGUUGUGAAGUGAGAUUACCAGAAGUCAGAAGUUCAUUUCACCUCCGGUCUGGCCCUUCUUAGUCUAAACAUCCAGUACGGAGUACAAGCGGUACAGAGCAUGCUGGGUAGUGGCAAUAAAAGCCUGCCACCACGUUCUCUGGCUUUGGUACAGUAUGCAAUGACAAGUUUUAUUUGUAUUCAUUCAAAUCAUAUAAAAGAUAGGAACCAAGAAAACCUUCCAAAAGGCACUUUUUUCAAAGUGACCACAAACACAUUGCCAGACAUGAAAUGCAGCUACAAACCAAAAUGUGCACACAGGCAAUAUUUCCCCAGGUGUUCUUGUUGCUGAGGAUGGCUUAGUCUGACAGUUAAGUGGAAGCCCUCGAGAUUAGACAUACCUCAUCUUUUCAGGCAUUGGUUGAACCAUAUUGCAAAGAGCUUCAAACGUAAGACUUCUCGCACCUUAUCAUUUCCUAUAGUUGUGUUCCCUGAAACCUGUUAUAUAAAGAAUAACUUAUUAUUGGGAAAAUAAAUUGUGUGGUGUCUUAUUGCUCAAAUUUAAAAGUCUGUGACAUGCACCAAUGAAGCCCUUUGAAGCGUGACCCAUUUUCAGGAGACUUGUGUUUUCUAAAUUAGAUUUGUGCCAAUUACCGCAAGUCUCACAGUGAUGCUAGUGUUCAGUUAUGCUGCUGCGUUUGGCCUCUAACCACGCC